AUGUUUUUUCAACAGUUGACUUCUUUUCAUUGUCUAUUGCUUGCAUUUCUUAUUCCGGCAUUAAAAUCAAGUGAACAUAAUUGUACUAUUCAUUAUGAUCGAUAUAAAAGAAGUUAUGGAUAUUCAUUAACUUAUCAUUGCUCCAAUCUUCGUUCACUUUCAAAUGAUCUUUUACAAAUAAAAGAUAUUUCAGAAAAAAAAUUACCAUUAAAAAUUACUGAAAGUCCAAAUCUUCAUAUUGAUAGAGAAAUAUGUGGACAAUAUCAACAACAAUAUUUAUUAGGUUUAUUAAUUGAAUCAUCAAAGAUUCAUUCGGUCGGUUCACGAGCGUUUUCUUGUCGUACACUACGUACUCUUUCAAUAACUCAUACACAAUUUGUCAUAUCAAUUUUACCUGAUGAUAUAUUUCUUGAUGCUUAUCAAUUACAAACUAUUCGUCUUAUAGAUCUUAAUAUUAAACGCUUACCAUCAUCAUUAGAAAGUCUAUCUAAUUUAACUGAAUUAAUACUUGAUGAUAUGCAUUCUCUAAUUGAUUAUCCAUCAAUAGAACAUCUAAAUAAUUUACGGUAUUUACAUAUAUUUACUAGUUUAAACUAUUUCCCGCUCACCUAUGUCGAUAAUUUAAAUCAUCUAUCACAUAUACAAAUAAUUCAUUUUGGUAGUCGAACCAUAAAUGUAUUUCCAAGAGAAUUAUUUCAUUUAAAUGGUUAUCAAUUAACUGAUGUGAGUCUCUAUUCAGAAAAUAUAACAUGUCGAACAUGUAAAACUGAUUGGUUCAAAACAAUAGCUAAAACUUUAAUGAUCUAUGGAUGGGCUAAUCGUACGAAAGAACAAUUUCGAAAUAAAAAUUUUCAUUUAAUUACAAAAACAACACAAUUUUAUAAAUUGGAUAUAAUUGCAUAUUGCGGAGAUAUGCGACUAGGCGAAGAACCACUAAUGGUACACAAUGCACCUUUAUGCUGUAACAAAGGUUAUUUUCAAUGUGCGCCUAAACGUUCUACAUGUCAAAGAUUGAGCAGUUCAUUUUCACGAUGUAAAUGUUCAAACGGUCAUUAUGAAGAUAGUUAUGGCGAUUGUAUUUCAAUUUAA